AUGAAAUCGUCAAAGUGCGCCCCGCAAUUUGGAAAAAAUAAAAAAAAACUGCUCCUCAACAAGAGGAAGUUAAUCGAGAAGAAACGUAAUGCACAUACGAAAGAUCUGAUCGAAACAUUAAAUGAAUUUACCAUAAAAACACAACUUGCUCUGCUCGAAGAUGCGUUUACAUCAUACAUGGGUAUACAUGAGCAGUUGGCCGAUCUAGAUGAAGAUGAUCAACAACAAGAGCACAUAGACAAGCUGAUGGAAGUGUCUGACACAUAA